UGGCCAUUUGCACCAUACGCAAAAUUUAUGGCAAUGGACGUUGAGAAACGUGAAAUUUGGUCAGUUGGUUGUGGUUGCGAGGAUGCGAUUCUCUGCAAAACAGAGGCUGCAUUGCGAAUGGCUUCUCUUGUCGGUAAAAGAGAAAGGUGGCUAGCCGAGCGUAUGACCAUAAUUGCGAUUACAGCUCCUGACAAAUCUGAGCAUUUCAUUGGUUUGGCUGGUCCAGAUGGUUCAGGGAAAACAACUCUCGCAUUCAUGCAACCAACUCUACCCGGUUGGCAGGGUAAUUUGGAGGUGUCGAGAAAUAAUGGAGAGGAACGGGAAAUUAGUACCACUCUUCAUUUUCCUAUUUUCUGA